AUGCUGGCAGCAGAACAAGGACGCAAAGAAACAGCCAGUUUGCUGCUUCUUUCCGACAAGGAUGACUCCCAUGAACGGAGCGAGGAGGGAAAGACAUUUGUGAUGUGGGCUGCAGGUAAUGGGCGCAACGACAUAAUUGAAGCACUGCUUGACACUGGCCUGGUGAAUAGUUCAAAGAAGGAUAAGAACGGCUUCACGCCCGAGAGGUGGGCAAAGAAGCACAGACACACAGAGGCAGCUCAGCUGUUCGCUCGCUCACGGUGGGCCUGGACCAGUGGUACCUACACGUAA